AUGGCCCAGCAUGGUUUUUGGCCAAAAGUUUUUAUACAAUGGGGUCCUCAUGCUUACAAAAUGAGGGGGCAACUUGAACCGUUUGGUUCGUUUAGAAUUGUUCGGUUCCACUGGUUCACCGGUCCGACCGUCGGUUCAAUGCUUAAACAGUUUAAUAGGGUAAACCGGUUGACGGUUAAACUGGUUGGACCGACUGAUCCACGGUACUUCAUGGGUAACUUCUUCUUGCAAACAGAUCUGCACCCAGGCACAAAAAUGAUGCUGCAGUUGCCACAAACUACAAAUGAAGCUAUGUUCUUGCCUCGUCAAGUUGCUGACUCCAUACCCUUUUCAUCUAAGAAGCUACCCGAAAUUUUGAACCGGCUUUUAGUGAAGGAAAAAUCUGCAGAAGCUGAGCUAAUGAAGAAGGAGAUAGAAGAGUGUGAGGAGGCUACCAUGGAUGGAGAAUCUAGGUUCUGUGCAACAUCAUUAGAGUCCCUAAUCGAUUUCAGGACCUCAAAGCUCGGAAGAAAUGUGAAUGUGCUGACGAAUGAGGUGAAAACGGGAAGCCAAGAGUAUGAAUUUGGAGUGGGAAUGAAGAAGAUUGCAGACAAAUCAGUGGUGUGCCAUAAGAUGAACUACCCAUAUGCUGUUUUCUAUUUCCAUACCUUCUCUAAGACACGGACUUACAUGAUUCCAUUGGUGGGUGCUGAUGGAAGCAAAUCUAAAGCCAUGGCAGCUUGUCACAGUGAUACAUCAGCUUGGCACCCACAGCACGUGGCCUUCCAAGUGCUCAAAAUUAAGCCAGGAACGGUCCCAGUCUGCCAUUUCCUUCACAACAAUGCCAUGGUCUGGAUUCCAAAGUAAGAAUCAGCCUCAAGCCUCAAGCCCAGUUGCACUAUCAGUUCCAUCUUAAAGCUGUUUGUAGUAUGAAUGGUUAGAAUAAAUGCAAGUUCGAGGAUUAACGUGUGUAGUGUGC